CGGGCUGGGUCUCGGGUCCCUGGAUCCGAAGCGGUUAAACCGGCUCCACCCGCCGCUUUCGGUUUCCAUCUGACUCGCCCCGUUUCCUGGCUCGGCUCGGAGCCGCCCGGCGGCGUUGGAGGGAGACCGAGCGGACCCCGCGCCCCGGGCAGGCCGCCCCCCCAGCGCGAUGGAGAUCCCCAUGCCGGCCCCCAUCUGCCUGAUCGAGAACAGCCCGGCGGGGGAGCUCCAGGUGCAGCAGGAGGCUCUGAAGGUGCUGGCGGAGAUCUCCCAGCCCGUGGUGGUGGUGGCCAUCGCCGGGCUGUACCGCACCGGCAAGUCCUACCUCAUGAACAAACUGGCCAGCAAGAGAACGGGGUUCUCGCUGGGCUCCACCAUCCAGUCGCACACCAAGGGCAUCUGGAUGUGGUGCCUGCCCCACCCCCGCAGGGCCGGCCACACCCUGGUGCUGCUGGACACCGAGGGGCUGGGUGAUGUGGAGAAGGGCGACGCGAAGAACGACACGUGGAUCUUCGCGCUGGCCGUGCUUCUCAGCAGCACCCUGGUCUACAACAGCCUGGGCACCAUCAACCAGCAGGCCAUGGACCAGCUGCACUAUGUGACAGAGCUGACGGAGCGCAUCAAGGUGAAGGCGGCGGGCAGGGGCAGCCGACAGGAGGGGGAGGAUUCGGCCGAGUUCGUGCGGUUCUUCCCGGCCUUCGUGUGGGCCGUGCGGGAUUUCACGCUGCAGCUGGAGCUGGACGGGCAGAAGAUCACCGAGGACGAGUACCUGGAGAAUGGCCUGAAACUAAAGCCAGGCAGCAGCCAGCGAGCCCAGCUCUACAACCUGCCCCGCGAGUGCAUCCGCCAGUUCUUCCCAGCCCGGAAAUGCUUCGUCUUCGUCCAGCCGGCCGGCAGGAGGGACCUGGCCCGGCUGGAGGAGCUGCGGGAGGACGAGCUGGAGCCCGAGUUCCGGGAGCAGGUGGCCCAGUUCUGCCGCCACGUCUGGGAGAUGUCGAAGCCUAAGACCAUCCCGGGCGGCCACGUGGUGACCGGGGCCAGUGAGUGUCGGUAGCCCUUGGGCCGGGGGACACUGGGGCCAACGUGGCUCAUGGGGUGCUGGGCGGGAUGAACUGAGCUGCGAGGGGGUCCCUUGUGGCCAGCACUGGUGGGGUCAGCGCUGGAGCCUGCGCCCAGCUCUGGGGUGCGCGGUUAGAAGGGGGGCUGGAAAAUCACGAGGGGUGGAAUAAAGCCCGACAGCAGAUCUGGUCAGUGGAUCCCAGGGGAGAUGAGGAGAGGCCUAGAUAGCAGGGCAGGUGCGUCUCCCCGGGGAGGGAUGCCCGUGUCCCGAAGGGCCAUUGCUGGGGCCCUACCAAUUGCACAACCAUGAAAAAUGUGCCCCGGACUGUGAAAUAAGCCCUUCCCCGUGAAAUCUGAUGUCCCCUUGUUCCUAGGAGCACCCCAGCAAAGAGCCCCCCGUGCUCCGGCAGGGCAGGGGGGGCAGGACUUGUCUAUCUCCUGCGCAGCUGCUGGGGGGGAUCAGACCCACAUCCACCUCCAGGAACCUCCUGCGGCUGCUGCCUUCAGAGUCCAGCUCUGACCCCCGCACAGUCCCGUUUUGGGUCAGGACCCCCCGUGACAAAUCUGAAAUUUCAGAUUUAAUCAUCUGAAAACGUGAAAUUGACCAGUUUUCAAAUCCUAUGGCUGUGAAAUUGACCGUGAAUUUGGUAGGGCCCUGAGCCAUUUCUCUGCAGAGAGAGGCAGAGCAGGGCCCCACGCCUGGGGAAACGAGGCACCAAUUGCUCAUGGAGAGGGGGUUUUAGGGUGCAUCCGGGGUGGGGAAGGGGGCACAUCCUAGGCUCGGUGUCUGUCCUACAAGGAGGGGCAGGGAGCAGGUGGAGUCCUGGAGAGUGUGGGAGGGGCUGUGCUGGGUCCCCUGGCGCUGACCCUGCCCCCUCCGGCCGCGCUGGGGAACCUGGCGCUGACCCUGCCCCUCCGG